AUGAAAUCUGACACUGCACCUGCCAAAGGCCAUCUGGCCCCAGAAGCGCCUUUCCAUCCUGUGGUGGCGGUUAUUGGUGUUGGCUAUGUAGGGUCACAUUUGGUUGAGGCCUUUGCUAAAUUUUACGAAGUCAUUGCUUUCGACAUAUCGAAGCGGAGAGUUGAGCAAAUCACUCAGCAAUUUCAAGAAUUACCGGUUCGAAUUACUUCAAAUGCCCCUGAUUUGGCUCUCGCAGACGCCUUCCUGAUAUCGGUCCCAACCUCUCUUAAUCAUGACAAGACCAUCAACACUACAGCCAUUGAAAAAGCCGUGCAGACAGUCACAGAACAUGCACGACACGGUGUCACGGUGGUUAUGGAAAGUUCAGUAUCCGUGGGCAUGACAAGAAGGCUUCUUGGCCCCCUUAUCGCCACUAAGAACGUUAAAGUAGGCAUGUCUCCGGAGAGAGUUGAUCCAGGCCGCCAGUUCCCUGCAUUCCAGGCGAUUCCAAAGAUUAUCUCUGGUAUCGAACCAUCUUCUCUGGACGCCGUCCAGAUGCUAUAUGAGCCAGUGUUUGACCAACUCGUCCCUGUGUCUUCAUUGGAGGUAGCAGAGAUGACAAAACUAUACGAGAACUGCCAACGUAUGGUAUGCGCUGCUUAUACCAACGAAAUGGCCGACGCUUGUGUCUCCUUGGGUAUCAAUGGAUGGGAGGUCAGCAAGGCAGCUGCAUCAAAGCCAUUCGGCUAUCUUCCCUUUCAGCCGGGACCUGGAGUCGGGGGGCACUGUAUACCUGUUAACCCUUAUUACCUACUAAAGACAUGCGACAUGCCUAUCCUGCAGCAGGCUACCGAAUCCUCGGUACGACGGCCUCUCGAAAUCGUUGAUCGCCUAAUGCGAUUCCUUGAGUGCAAGCGAGACGCGAAGCGGGGUCAACGACGCAUGUCAGACAGGAAUACAUGCGUGCUCGUUGUAGGCGUUGCCUUCAAAAAAGGACAGAAUGUCCUGUACAAUUCUCCAGGUGUUGCUGCCAUAAAAUAUCUGCUUCGACGCCACCACGUGGAUGUCAAAUUUGCAGACCCUCUGGUCAAUCAGGAGGCUCUUCCAUAUGUUCCGAGACUAGAAACACCCGCGAAUUGGAACAAGGAGUAUCUUGAAGAGUUUGAUGGUAUCCUUGUUGCGAUAGAUCAGGUCGGCCUUGAUAUGGAUCUUCUUAAUUCACUUGACGGGGUAGUCGUACACAAUUACUCUCCAAGUUCGCACAGAUAG